CACAUGGCCUCUUAUACAAAACGUUUCUAUUAUAAAUAAUUUUUUAGUAAAAAAGGAAGAAAGUGUCAGCAGUCAACAACUGCCAAUGUUAAUUUUUUUUACAAAACAAAACAAUGAAAUGUUCUGCCACAAUUAUUCUAUCUCUAAAUCCUUUUGAACACCAAUAGAUAUCACCAAGUUUUUUGUAGCUUUGAUAUGAGCCUGCUACAAUUUGGAUUGCUAUGGAACAAGAAGUUUGUUAUUCGAAAUGAUCAAUCCAUAGUUAUAAGUAAAUACUUUCCUGGAAAGCACAAAAGAUGAGUAGUCCAAGGGAUUCAUCGAGUCCUAAGAAUGUUAAUAAUUGUAUAGUAACAGAACAAACGGAUGAAACUGGAUUUAUUAAAGUAGAAUACAACGACUUGUCUUCUUACCUCAAUGAUGUGAAAAAGGAAAUCAAAGAGGAUGCAACUAACAGUAAAGAAGUAACAAAUAGUCGUAGCGAAAUAAAUGAAACAUCCUUUAUAUCUAAUAGUAUUAAACAAGAAGAUAAUGCUAACCCAGAUAUGAACUUAGCAGAACCUGAAUUCAUUAAUGUCAAAGAAGAACUAGAUGAAGGAUCUGACGAUUCCUCUUGUUAUCCAAUUGAGUGUGAUGUUGAAUUGGAAAACGAUACUAACAAUGAAGAAAUUACGAACAUUCAACGUGAAGAGGAAGACAUGCAUUUUUAUUAUAGAACACUAGUGAACAUACAAAAUAGUGAAACUUCUGAACAGUUAGCAAAUGACACAUCUACAAGUGAUUUAUCGAAAAAGCGCUACACCUGCACCACUUGUCAAAAAUCAUUCACUCAAAAUAGCCACCUAAAAAGUCACAUAGCCAUUCACACAGGCGAAAAGAAAUAUCAAUGCAAUAUUUGUCAGAAAUCCUUCACUCAUAAUAGCGACUUAAAAAGACACGCGUUCAUUCAUACGGGCGAAAAAAAUUACAAAUGCCACAUUUGCCAAAAAUCAUUCAACCAAAACAGCCAUUUAAAAAGCCAUUUGGCCAACCACGCGGGCGAAAAAAAAUACCAAUGCACCGUUUGCCUGAAAUCCUGCACCCGUAAAAGCGAUCUGAAAAGACACCUGCUGGUACACACGGGCGAGAAAAAAUACCAGUGCGACAUUUGCCAGAAAUCCUUCACUCACAACGGCGAUUUAAAACGGCAUUCGUUGACUCACACAGGCGAGAAAAAAUACAAAUGCAACGUGUGUCCGAAAUCGUUCACUUCCAGUACCAGCAUAAAGGCCCAUUCGGCCGUUCACACGGGCGAGAAGAAGUACCAAUGCAGCGUUUGCCAAAAAUCGUUCAUUCAAAACAGCCAUUUAAAAAGCCACUUGGUUAUUCACACGGGCGAGAAAAACCACAAGUGUAACGUUUGCGAGAAACCAUUCACUCGCAAAAGCGAUCUAAACAAACACAUGUUUGUUCAUACUGGCGAAAAGAAGCAUUGGUGCAGUAUUUGCCAGAAAUCGUUCAGUCGAAGUUAUCGUUUCAAAACCCAUUUGGCUACUCAUACUGAUAUCACUGGAGCGCAUUUCUUAGUAUAGAGAAACAUUUAUUAUACAAAAUUGGACAUUUCAUGAAUGUUAGUCGAAUUUAUUCAUUUGGAAUGAGGUCUGACAAAUUUUGAUAUUUUUCUCUUUAUGGAUAAAUAAAUGAACUUUUUUUGACAAAUGUGGAAACUUAACAUUGUAUCAAUAAUAAAAUUCGAUUAUACUUCCUUGAAAUGAUAUCUAAUUCCGAUAUUUUUCUCUUUUUAUCAUAAAUAAACGAACAAAUUUUUUGGACAAACAAGGAAACUGAAACAUUGUAUUAACAACAAACUACUUUAAUUACUAUUAUAUCAUCAAAAUUCAAUAAAACAAAUGAAUUAAUUAUCCAAAAAACAUUCGUAAUUUUUCCAUUUGUUCAAAUAGCUGAACACGACGUUCAAGCUGUCCUCCCACCUCUUAAAAUCGGCUGUGUUAUCGGCGGCCAAAAAGUACCUUCUACUGCUGCAGGUGUUAUCCUCUUCGUGGGUUUUCAUGUUGAUCACCAGAGUUCGAGGAUUAGGACAAAUUUCUUUAUCGGCGGCCACCACGUCGUAACUCAAGCACUUCAGCAGGUCCAGCUCGCCCAACGGUGAGCAAUGCUCCUCUUCCUUCGGGUAAUUCCAGUAGCUGUAAAUUAGGUGAAUUAUUAUAUAAAAUUGAAUGUUAUAAAUGAAGAAUUUCUACCUCAAACGAGAUCCGUUUAGGGAACACCAUCUCCUGUUCCAAAUCGGAAAGCCUUUGUAAUCGGAACCCAGCGUAAGGAAUCCCGCUUCUUUCACGUGAAUGGUAAAAUACGUUUCGAUGUUGGCUCUUAAAAUAUCCUUUAUCGGAGCUUCUCGAGCCACGUUGGACAACGUAAAUAUCGUUUGAUUCGAUUCCCACGGUUUAACCGACGCUGUUCCCCACAAAACGAAGUAAGACGUUGUCGAAUGAGUGCUC